CAAGAGGCCAUUCAACUACACCUUCAUUUCCGCGUGUCGGAUAUUGUUGAGCACGCAAUUACUUAGCAAGUCCCGGGUGUUCUUCACGAAUCUCGGGGUUUUGUCUAGAAGCCGACCUCACCGAGCGAAGCCUGAAGGUUGCGUGCAUCAAAAUGAGGACGUCUGUUGCCCUGUUUUUCGCGGCGCUAGGCAGUAUCAGCCUGCCCUGCACGCUCCAUGUCUCCCUAGCUGCGCCAAUGCAAGGAACGUUGGGCCCGGAUGUGCCAGAAAACAUCGGUGAGCCUCCUGUUCUUCCGUCCUCUUCCAGUGAUGUUCCACUGCGAGGGGCCGAAGGCGGGAGCACUCAGGAGGGCGCCGUGGAGGGACCCCUGCCACAGGAAUGGAGACAACCGCCCCCAAAGCCUCCCCGUCGACGUCUGGUCGAGUCGAUGCCCAGCCAUUCGAGUUCGUCUAUCCGCAGAGGAGGAGAGAGUAUCGUCACAGGGCCUGAAAACGUUGCCAAUGACGAGGGUGGUUCUCCAUCUGACGAUUUGAAGAUCGUACAGCCCGAGGAUGUGCCGCCUGGGGGCCCGGGGCCGAAAGCUCCCGGAGUUGGUACCAGGAUGAGAAACUGGGUCAUGAGAGUGCCAAAUAUAGAACUGCAACCACCCAGGCAGGUGGUUGGUCGCAUGGGCCGCUUCGUCGGAGGUGCCCGACGGGCUGUUGGACGCGGUUGGCGGCGGUUCACCACGGGUGAUGCCUCAGCAUUCGAUGAUCAAGCGAAGAAAAUUGUCCGCCUGGGCGCGACUGUGCAGCUGAUCCAACUUCUGGCAGCACUGCACACGCGAAAAGUAGUGCACAGAAUGCUGGAACCCAAAAGCGUUCUGCUCUUCAGUCAUGGCCUUCUCUACCUCUCCGACCUCGGCAGAGCACGUCGCCACGGGGAGAGGUUCACGACAUCCCGUCCGAGUAGGAUUCCUGGUACGCUCUUGGAGCAGGUGGAUUGA